UUUUCAGGAGCUAAGUAAUCUAAUGAACUCGGAAGGCAAUAGGACGCAAUACGCUGAUAUCAGCAUGGAAAUCACAACUUUCUCGUUUGCGGCUGAUGAUACAAUGGCCGCUUUCACCCCUCUUCCUCCUGAAAGUAAGAAAUCCGGCGUCAGUAACGCUAUGGCUGAAGAACUGAAACAGUUGCGACAGACUAUUAGUCAGCUUGAAAAAGACAAGGUGGAUCUGCAUGAAAAGCUCAAAAGUACCGCUGACGAAAGAGAAGAGUAUAAAGCAUCCGCCGACGCCAAAAGCGUGGAGCUUCGUAUAGUACAUAGGGAAUUGGCAGAAAUUACAAAAACUAAGGAGAACGCGGAGAAGAGAGUUGCUAAUUAUGAAUUUAUUGUUGAAGACCUGAAAAAGAGGCUCAACUGUCGCAAGCAACAAGAUUUGUACAGAAAGGUUAUCAGCCUUGAAGAAGAGAUAAGGACGUGCCGUAUUGCGAACAAAAAUUUACUCGAGGAGAAGAAUAAGGUCAAUGACGAAAAACUCAUGGUCGAGGAGAGACUCCAAAAGGCUAUUUUUGAAAAAGACGCAACCGAGAAGCAGCUGCAAGAUGAAAACGCUCUUUUGAGAAGAGAGGUUAUACAAAUGAAACUGGAGCUGGAGGCCAUGAGACGAAAUCAUUCGGUAGAAAUUUCUGAGAUUCAAAAGGUACUUGUCGAGUCCAACCAAAAGCUUGCCGAGAAGGAAGCGUCCAUAUCCGACUUAGUGAAGAAAUGCGAAAGAUUCGAUAAGAGUGAUAGGGAGUAUAAGGAAAGAAUCGCUAUUCUGCAAAAUGAAACUGAAUUACUUAAAACGCAACUUGCUGAAGCAAAAUCAGCCCGGUUGAACAAGAAUGAUGAAGCGCUGGAGGGGAAAGUAGCGACACUUGAGCGGGAGAUUUUAAAUGUGAAAAAGGUACUGACCGAUUGGAACAUGAAGGAGGCUACUUCAUCUCAAGGAGAUCCUCGGGAACAUCGAACGAAGAUUGAGCAGCUUUUAAAGAGACUCAGAAGCUUACGAAAGUAAAGCCGCCUUAUCGGAUCUCAUUAUUGGAUUCUUGUGGCAUAUAUUUGUGUGGUUUGUUAUGUGG